GUAACUGGCUGUGAGUGCGAGUAUAAAUUUAAAUUUAAAUUUAAAACCUAUUUCAUUUAAUGGAAAUUGUAUUUAUUCAAUAGUGGUUAACUAAACUUUUGCUAAUAUAACUUUUACGAUAGAAGUUAAGAAUCAAUGUUUUGUAUAACAAUAAUUAUACGUAAGAAGUAGGUAUAUGUUAUUGUCAUGGAAUCCACAAUUUCAGUGUCUAAGGGAGUGUUUUUAUUUCCAAAUGGAUUCAAAAAUGUAAAGAAGUCUAAGAAAAAGCACCGGCUUUCUAUGUUUGAUGCUAUUUUUUCAAAGGAGCAAUGGUUUGUUACAUUUAAGAAUAACUGGGAUUCUGUUGAGAUGCAGCUGAAGGAACUACAUGAAAAGACAUAUAGUACUUUACUGAAUGAUAUUGUAAGUUAUUUAAAAACAUCCUAUCAAGACAAUGAAUUAAAUAGUUUAGAGGGAAUUAUACCAAGUGCCACCUUAUUAACUGGAGUCAACCAACCUGAUCAUGUGAACCAGUUUAAAUCUCUUAUUAGUAUAUUGAGGGAAGAAGUGACCCCAUAUGUAGCUAUGGUCAAUUCUCAAGAUGCUUCAUCUGUGAAACAUUUAGUGGAAAGUGCAGUUUGGCAACUGAUUAAUGGGGAAAAUGAAUUUGAUAAUUCUGUGGAGAGUGUUGAUGAGGAUUCUGUACCAAAGCCUAAGCUUAAGAAGAGUCACUGUACAAUGAAGACAUUGUUUAAUUGGUAUAAAAACAAACAGGAAACAUGUUCACCAAAGAAAAAGAAGCAUGCUGUUGUACAGAAAACUUUAAUUAUUAUUAUACCUGACUUUGAAAGCUUUAACUGUAAUAUAUUACAAGACUUUGUUAUGAUCGUAAGUUCGUAUGUAGCUGUACUGCCCAUAGUAUUAGUUUUUGGUGUUGCUACAUCUGUGUCAGCAUUGCAUAAGUCGUUCCCAUAUCAAGUUUCCUCCAAACUUUUGAUAAAAGUAUUUCAUUCCCAUCCUUCCCAUGUUUAUAUGAAUCAAGUAUUAGAGAAUGUUUUUCUGACUCACACCAGCCCAUUUCACUUAUCGGGAAAAGCUUUUGAACUACUGACAGAUGUGUUUUUGUUCUACGAUUUUUCUGUUACUGGUCUCAUUCAAAGUAUUAAGUAUUGCAUGAUGGAUCAUUAUUACGGUGACAAUAUAAAAUCACUUUGCUGUGACAGAGAGAGUAUCGAUGCAGCGGUUGCGAGUUUAUCUUCUGAAGACUUAGAGAACAUAAGACAACUGUUAUCUUUCCGACCAUUUUUAGAAGUGCAAGACUGUCACACUAAGAUUGGGCUCUUUGAAGACAAUAAUUUCUUCAGAGAAGUCUUAAAGAAGGAAAUGCACAAACUGCAUGACUAUGUUUAUAGUUUUUAUUUAUGUGUGAGAUUGCUUGCAUCUUUUCUGAAGGAUCUACCGAAAAAUAUACUAGGGAAGUCAAUACGUGAAAUAUACGCCAGAUGUGCUGUGGAACACGUAACAGAAACAGAAGGUUUCAAAGAAUGUAUGCAGCUAUUAGGUUUUCAAUCGCAAGUCAAAUUGAUAGACAGCAUUCAAAGUGCUAUUAAAGUCGUUAACAAUGUUCUACAAACUAUAUCACCUGUAAAACCUCUACGCUCUACGCCAUCGAAAAAUAAUCAAGUCAAUAUUAGUACAGAGUUAGGAGAGGACUUUGUAAAAAGUGUUAGAGUAUACCUCAUAACGUUUCUGAGGCAAAUCGAAAGUGCAAGUAAUGAAACUAUACAAUCAAGUAAUAAUGAUGAAAUGGAAAUUGAAAAUGAUUUGGAAAAUAUGGACCUCAAAUCGGGGAAUCGUUAUAAAUUGAAAGAGAAACUGCUCAAAGCAACAAGAGUGGAUAGAAUACAAUCGGAAUUUGAAAUGAUAAGAUCAAGAUUUGUCAGUUAUUUGGAAGGAAUGUUUAAAAAAGGUCUUCUUCCGCCGCACACGCAAACAUUUCAUGAAAUUGUAUUCUUUACCGAAGUGUCAAAUGUAAAGAAGCAGAUUGUUGGUUCACCGCGCGGUGCUCUACACAUGGCACUCAGUAACCCAUCGUAUUAUUUACAGUGUUCAUGCUGUAAUUUACCUUCGGUUGAAAGCGUAUCAGAUACGUUGCCAGAUGUGAGUCUUGCGUACAAACUGCACCGGGAGUGUGGGAAACACAUAAAUCUCUAUGAUUGGCUGCAAGCGUUCGCCGCCGUGCUCUGCCCAGAAAGCGAGGAAGAAAAUAGAGCUCAGGAUGUCAAUAUUCAGGUCAGGUUCACGCGGGCGGUGGCCGAGUUGCAGUUCCUUGGUUUUAUCAAGACUUCUAAACGAAAGACAGAUCAUGUAAUGCGUCUCACUUGGUGAUACAGAAAGUUUUUGCGUGUACUUAUUUAUUCUUUAUUUUAAUAAAUUGUGUUCUGCUCA